CUUGAAAACAAAACAGUUUGACAUGAGUUCAGGAGUUCAAAUCAAAGAUGGCAGAGCAAUGAUAUCCUUGUUGGAAACAAGUACCGAAGCUGAGAGAAUCCUAAAAGAAGAAGAAAGUAACUAGAUAAGUGGACUGUGACAGACAAUACUUUUCACAAUGGCAGACACAGAGGCAAAGGUUGUGCAGUACAGAGUCAUGCUGUCAAAACUUGAUUCAAUGCUGCGUGAUGAUGAGCUGAACAGGCUGAAGUCAUUCUGCAAAGAUUUUAUCCGAGCAAGAGAUCGAGAUCAGAUUAGUCAAUGCGUGGACUUGUUUGAAGCUCUGGAAGAGAGAAAUAAACUUUCACCAGACAAUCUUGAGUUUCUGAAAAUGGCACUCAGUAGCAGUUGCGGAGGUAGAUCUGAUGUGCUUGAUCAUUUACAGAAAUUUGAGGACAAGUAUAGGACUUGUGGCGACAGAAACACACAAGAAGAAGAUUUCAGCGAUGUGUUUGACUUCUUAGAGAAUGGACUAGACGGAAAGUAUAAAUCUUUCCUUCGGAGGAUCGGUAUUAAAGAUGCCCAGUUGGAUCAACUUCAUGAGGAUCAUCCGCGUAACAUAAAGGAGGUCAUACAUAGGUCUCUUGUUGCUUGGAAAAAAGAUUCAGCUGAAGCUUCUAUAGGCACAUUGGUGAAAGCAUUACGUGAUGUCAAGAGAAAUGAUUUAGCUAAUAAAUUAGCAGAUGGAAAUUUUCAAUAUUUGUAACAUUGGCUCUAUGUAAUCAAAUAUCUUUUAUAUCGAUUUGUGAAUGCAGCAAACACAGGACUACUUUCCCAACAUACCAGAGUUGUGUCCAUAUUGCCUGUUUUAUAGGCCAUUGAUUUCUCUCUCCAGUCAUCAUGUUUCUGUUCCAGUCUCUCCAGAAGUCUCCAUUAAAGUCCCCUGUUCCUUGCCUUUGUACUGACAUGUUUUUCCUUUUCCUCUUUGGGUUCCAAAUUAAGUUUAAUUUGUGGUACGGGAAUCAGGCAUGCAAAAAGUACAGCCAAUCCGUCCACAUUGCCUCCAAAGGAUUUCAUCUUGGGCUGGCUGUUGUUGAGCUUUCAUCCACAGUUCCUGGUUUGUUAUGUCUGGCCCGGCCAGCAGACCUGAAAAAUCUCCUGGAGCUUUAAACACGUUUUUGUUGCAAGUGCCUUAAAACUUUAGUUUUGAGACUCAUGAGUGCUGAGAUGUCAACGAUGGUGCUGGUCUAUUCAGAAAGUAGAGCCACGUUUUCAGCAAAAUCAGUGUCAGUAUUACAUUAUAGCACAAAUUUACUUCCAGGACAUGGAUAAACGAGUCUCGGAUUUGUCCCAGGGGUUUUGGGGGUUUUUUUUUAUCGACCUCAAACAUUCUCAUCUGACAUGGGUGGCUUUUGGAACUGAAAUGAAUUUGAAACCAAUUUGCUUCUCUGUUUCUAUUUCCUGUGCUAGUUUUCUAACUCUUCGAUGUGUUUAGUGGUCUAUAUAACAAAAGCUUCCCCUUGAUCCGAAAAGUGAAUUGCAAUUAAGUCAGUUUUUCAAGCUCAAAAUGGGCCUGUGGAAUGCUGAGGAGUGCAUGACAAUGAAAUUCUAUUUGUGUUUUCCGUAAUUACUUGCAAGACAAGCAUCUGUGUUUUGGCGCAGUAGCGAUUUUUGCAUUUAAAAAAAUAAAAUACAGUUGAUAAAUAAAAAAUUAAAAA